AUGAAUCAACAUAACCAACAGAAUCAACCACAUAAUCAACAACCCUCAGCUAGUUAUUUGAACAUGACACAAAGCAUUAUUCAUGGAACUAACAAUAUUUUGAAUAACCAAUUUCCUACACCGAAUGCAGAUGACAAUAAUAUUUUAAGAAUACUUAUGGACGCUUAUC